ACUUGAGAGAGGGACUUCAUGCUUUGUUCCUUGAUUCUUUCUUCCACAUGGUUUUGUUUUUAGUUUCUACAGAUUUUUCUAGUUUCUUCCUGUUUCUAGGGUUUGAGAAGGCAUGGAUUUCCAGAGAAGGAGAGUUCGGCUUCUUUUCUUUAUCGCUGCCCUCGUUGCUCUCAGUAUUACAGCUGAAAAAUUUCGGCAGCUGGUUGGGGAAGAGGCUUCAUCCAAAAGUGGGAAGUUUACAUUCUUGAAUUGUUUUGAUAUGAGCUCUGGUACCUUGGCAUGUACAAUCAAGGAGGGUGUGAAGCUAUAUUUUUACAAUAUAAGAGCUGCUCACGUUGAGAGAGCAAGACAUCGAGCUAUCGAGACUGCCUUGACUGAUGCACUGACACAGGGUCUGAGUGCCAGUGAUGCUGCUAAGCGGGCACAGAAAGAGGGAGCUAAGGCAGCAAAGCUGGCAACUCGACAAGCCAAACGUAUUAUUGGACCUAUUAUCUCUUCAGGAUGGGACUUCUUUGAAGCCAUUUACUAUGAAGGGACCAUGACAGAGGGGUUUCUCAGGGGAACCGGAACCUUGUUUGGAACCUAUGGAGGAGGUUUCCUUGGAGAAGAAAGGCUUGGGAGGUUUGGUUAUCUUGUCGGAAGCCAUUUGGGCAGUUGGGUUGGAGGAAGGAUAGGACUGAUGAUAUAUGAUGUCAUCAAUGGGGUGCACUACUUGCUUAGUUUUGUUCAAACGGAAGAAAAUACAGUAAAUGAAACUCUUUAUGGAAGUUCUGAAGCUUCUGAAGAUUCCUACGUUUAUGAAACCCCUGCAUAUGAGCUAUGAUACAUCCAGAGCCUCUGAAUGUUCUUAUUAUGUACCAUACUUAGGUGUCCUCGUGGUUUUUUAAUUGAACUUGUAAGCUUAGUGAUUGGAAUAUCACCAUUCAUAUGGCAAAAAAUUAAUCAAUGACAGUAAUUGGUUCUUUGGGGGCAUAAGAAAUAAAUCUUAUAGCAUUUCUGACGAUGGUCGUGUUUUACUGUAUGCAUACCAUGUUCCCUAUUUUGGACCGUAUGGCCAUAUGCUUUUGGAUCCACUAUCAUUUUCUGUGCUGGGAAGAAGAAAAGAAUCAGAGGGAAAAUGCACCAUACUCCAACAUUGUCGAUUA